AUGUCGUAUGUAGAUAGUGUCGACUCUGAUAGUCAAUUUAGUGACGAGGAAAGAAGAACAAAAAUAUUGGGUGUUUUUGCGGGCAUUGGAAAUAAUUGCAAUAAUAUGGUGGGAGCCGGAAUAUUUUCGAGCCCAGGGUUAGUGCUGCAUAAAGUGAAGUCUCCUGGAAUAGCGUUGAUUUUAUGGCUGAUAGGUGGGAUAGUUGCUCUCUGUGGAUCCUUAUCUUAUGUUGAGUUGGGCAGUUCACUUUCGGAUGGAGGUGGAGAAACUAUAUAUUUGAAAACAGCAUUUCCUCGUCCCCGUGCACUUUUUAGUUAUAUGUUUAGUUUCACGAUGAUUGUCGCGAUACGUCCUGGUGCGAUUUCAGCAGACGCUAACGUGGUAGCUCAAUAUUUUGUAUAUUUGAUCACUGCCAAGGGAGAAUGUGAAAAUUCCGAGGACCUUCAUCCGAAAAAAUAUUUGUCAGAUUACGAAUUUUGGCGACUUCGACUAAUUUCCUUCACAGUAAUUUGGAUAAUAACAGUUUAUCAUAUAAUAUCCAACAUAUGGGCAAAUCGCAUAAAUCAAACAUUAAUAACUAUAAAAAUGACGACUCUCGUAGUAAUCUCGGCUGUGGGAUUAGCGACAAUUAAGAAAUCUAUCUCCGAAUCAGACUCUACAAAUCCGUCAAAUUGGAAAAAUUUGUUUCCUAACGUUGAGAUUAAUGCUCGCACUUUGACCGGAGGACUUAUUCCUAUUUUAUUUGCAUACAAUGGUUGGAAUAAUUUAAAUUAUACUUUGGAUGAAUUCAUUGAUCCAAAAAAGAAAUUAUUGGCAUCAAACACCAUUAGUGUUGGAAUUGUUACCAUCUUAUAUCUAUUGGCAAAUGUUGCAUACACUAAUGUGCCAUUAACUCAAGUAACGGGAGGAUUUGAUCCCUCUGAAAUUAUUGCUGGACAAUUCGCAUUGAAUGUUGGCGGCUUGAAUCUUGCUCGUGCUCUAUCGUUUUUUGUGUGUUUAUCAGCAUUUGGCGCUUUAGCAGCAAUGAUGUGGAGUGGUUCAAGAAUAAUUGUGGCUGCAGCUAAAGCGAAUUAUAUUCCGAUAUUUUCACCAUGGCUUUCUGCAUGGAAUAAUAAAACUGAUACUCCGAUAAAUGCCUUGCUCAGUCAAUAUGGUGUUCGUGCUUUGGGAUUAUUGGUUUUGAGAAAACGAAGACCCGAUUUACAGCGUCCUUUCAAAGUAUUCCGAAUCUUUCCGUUUUUAUUCGUUUGUUUUGCUUUAUUUAUAAUAUGCGGAUCGUUUAUCGAUAAUGGAUCUCACACUAAUAACAAUAAUAGAGUUCAAACUAAUGAUUCAUAUAAUGAGUUACCAAAAGCCAAUAUUACAUCGAAAAGGAGAAGUUCAUGUGAUUAUAACGACAACAAUGAUAAAGGGACUCAUUACACUUGCCAAGAUAUUUUCAUUAAUCGCCGGCUAUCGCAUCUUUCACAAGAUGAAAAAUCUAAUCAUGAGGAUGUUAAUAGCGAUGAUAGAUUACCAUUUCAAACUACAGACACUUUCGAGUCCAUCGAUUCUAUUCAGACGCCUGCGUUGAGUGUACAUGUAUAA